CGGGAGGCGCUCGGGCCACGGCGGGAGCGGCCGGCCGGGACAGCGUUAACGGGAGAGCCCGGCCCGGCCCGCGCGGGGCCGCCGCGGCGACCGCCUGGGCCGCGGGGACUCGAGUCCUCUGAGGGGACGAAGCCCGCCGCCCUGGACGCUCGGGACUCCUGCUCUGGGGCUUUGGCCGCCGGGAUCUGCGGGUGCACGGCUUCGGGGAAGAAGUUGAGCGUUUUGCCAGGUCAUGUCUGCCUGGGCACAGCUCAUCAGCGUGGACUCAGUGGGUUUCGGUGAAGUCUCCUGCCGCGUUGAAUCAGAGUAUCUGGCCUCAAGGGUGCAUCGUGCAAACUGAAACCAGAGGAAUGAGAGAGGCCUGCUUUGUGUGUUUUCCCACUUUAAGCCUGUUUUCCGUACACAUACUCUUGCUUUAAACCUGAUUGGACUGUGGCGAGCAGACAUCUGUUCCAAGGAGGGGCAGAGACCACAGUCCUUCUGCAGGGAGCUCGGUAAUGUGGAAAUAUUUUAAGUGCUCUCUCCGGACACUGAUUUGCCGUCUCGAUUCAGAUGUCCCUGGUAGACUUGGGAAAGAAGCUUUUAGAAGCGGCACGAGCAGGUCAAGAUGAUGAAGUUCGUAUUUUGAUGGCAAAUGGAGCUCCUUUUACUACAGACUGGCUGGGAACUUCUCCACUUCAUCUGGCAGCACAGUACGGGCAUUAUUCCACCACAGAAGUGCUACUCCGAGCGGGUGUAAGUAGGGAUGCCAGAACCAAAGUGGACCGAACGCCAUUACACAUGGCAGCUUCUGAGGGCCAUGCCAGCAUAGUAGAGGUUUUGCUUAAGCAUGGUGCUGAUGUCAAUGCAAAGGACAUGUUAAAGAUGACAGCUCUACACUGGGCCACAGAACACAAUCAUCAAGAGGUGGUGGAACUUUUAAUCAAAUAUGGUGCUGAUGUACACACGCAAAGUAAAUUUUGUAAAACUGCGUUUGAUAUUUCAAUAGACAAUGGGAAUGAAGAUUUAGCAGAGAUAUUACAGAUCGCUAUGCAGAACCAAAUCAACACAAACCCAGAGAGUCCCGACACUGUGACGAUACAUGCUGCCACCCCGCAGUUUAUCAUUGGACCUGGCGGGGUGGUGAACCUAACAGGUCUGGUAUCUUCAGAACAUUCAUCCAAGGCAACAGAUGAAACGGGUGUAUCUGCUGUUCAGUUUGGAAACUCCUCUACAUCAGUAUUAGCUACAUUAGCUGCCUUAGCUGAAGCAUCUGCUCCAUUGUCCAAUUCUUCAGAAACUCCAGUAGUGGCUACGGAGGAAGUAGUUACUGCGGAAUCUGUGGAUGGUGCAAUUCAGCAAGUAGUUAGUUCAGGGGGUCAGCAAGUCAUCACAAUAGUUACAGAUGGAAUUCAGCUUGGAAAUUUGCACUCCAUUCCAACCAGUGGAAUAGGUCAGCCUAUCAUUGUGACCAUGCCAGAUGGACAACAAGUAUUAACAGUACCAGCAACAGACAUUGCUGAAGAAACUGUUAUAAGUGAAGAACCACCAGCUAAGAGACAAUGUAUCGAAAUAAUUGAAAACCGGGUGGAAUCUGCAGAAAUAGAAGAGAGAGAAGCUCUUCAGAAACAGCUGGAUGAAGCAAAUCGAGAAGCACAAAAAUAUCGACAGCAGCUUCUAAAGAAAGAACAGGAAGCAGAGGCCUACAGACAGAAAUUAGAAGCUAUGACUCGUCUUCAGACUAAUAAAGAGGCUGUUUAAUUGCAAUGAACACAUGGUUUGAAUUCACUUUUGGUCAAGAAAGAAUACAGUCUUGAACUGUACACAACCAGGUGCAGUCGCGAGAAGACGGUGGUAGAAGAGACUGCAGAUGGAGAACUGGACUUCAGCCAUGAGCUCGGAAUUCCUGUAACAUAAAACUUUAAAAGUUGUGAAAUGUAUUUAAAACUGAAUUCUGUAAAUAGUUUUUGUUUUUUUUUACAGUUCCAAAUGAGUUGAUAAAGAUUGUUGAAGAGAUCCAAAAACACAAUAAGCCACUGUUUUUGUGAAUUCUUUUUGAUUUUAGUAAGAACCUUAAUUUCUCAGAAACAGAACAGUUUUAAGGGUGAUCAUUGAUUAGACCAAAUGUGUCAUAAUUAUGUGGUGGACUGAUGCUGGAAUUACUCCUGUAGGUGUAAACUUCUAUAUGAAGAGAAAGAUUUCUUCCAGGAAAUCUUUGUACAGCUUUAAGUUGUCUCAGAUUCUCUGAAAACAUUUUUUAGAAAGCAAAUUUUUAUAUUUGUUCAAUUUCAGCUAUAUCCAAGUAGAUUUACAUGUAUAUGAAGCAAAUAUUUUUUAAACUUUCUGUUUGUACAUAUUCUGCAUGUUUUAUAAUUUCAAAAUGCAUCACUUGCAUAGGUAUUUUUCCCACAAAGAUGAUGAAAGUUCUAGGAAAAAAAAUACGCUUUUAUUCUGUAGGUCAUCGAAACUAAGUAAGCUAGCAGGUGGUCUUAUUGGAAUGACAAUGUUCUUGGAAGGAGCAGCUUACAAGAUAACUUGAAUUGCAAAUAGCAAAAUCUAUGCUUUUUUGAAAAUUUCAUAGUGGGGACGUGAAACUGUAUUCUGUGCCUUCCAUCAUGAUUUCCACAUGAAAGCACUUUAAGGCACUGGAUUUUAAGAUAAUGUUUUCGGAAAACUCAAAGCAUAUGGGUUUCUGAAAUAUUUCAUGGACUCAUUUCCCCCCCCAGGAUAUUAUUCUUAUGGAAAAAAAAUGGCUUUUGUAUGUAGAACAAGAACUUUUUGUACUACAGUGAUGCUAUAGAUAGUCUAACGUAACUUUUGCUUUUCUCUGUGAAGCUGUGUGUGUGUGCUAUGACUUAUUCUCAUCGCAAUAUUGUUGAAUUCCACAAUGUAUGGACAUUAAACUCUGACAUACUGUUCAUUCUUUUUUUGUAAAACAUAACUUCAAGCCCUUUAUUCUUGCUUUAUUUUUUAAUGUUUUGUUGCUUUAUGGAGAUGUUUAACCCCAAGACCCUUCUAGAUUACCUAUACUGUAUAAAGAAGCAAUUACCCUUAAAACUGUACUCUGGCCUACUUUUCUAUUUUACAAUUAAAUAUCUUUUCCACAUA